AUGACAGAGAAUGUACAAUUAAAGUUGGAAGUGUCUAAUUAUAUCAAACAAAAGAUGAGAGGAUGGUUAAAAUUGCUAAAGGAAGAUGAAGAGAUUUCAAUAAGCUUGAAGGUAGAUAAAGAGAAGCAGAUCAUAUUUGAAGGCGAUAAUAAAGCACUUGAACAUAUCUUGUUUAAAGUGAUGUUACGACUAUUCCUUUUAGAUCAAGAUGAUGAGUUAUUAUAG